CCGGAAAAAGCUCCCACCCAAAGUCCAAAGGCCACAGGACUGGAUGUUCCAUAGCUUUCAGCUCUAAAUUGGAGAAUCCCAUGGCCUGGGAGCUGCUUCUGUGGAUAAUCUCUUUCGUGAUAGUCAUCGCUCUCAUCGCUGUUGACGCUUAUCAGUUUCAGUGUCCUUUAACUCUGCUUUAUGACGUGGCCCAGCUGAUAUGCUUAUCUGAUUUGGAAUGCGACUACAUCAACCCGUAUGACUCUUCAUCUCGUGUCAAUGCUGUUAUCGUUCCUGAAUUUAUAGUUCAGGGAUUUCUAAGCAGUCUUUUCCUCAUGACGUGGCAGUUGAUUCCAUUGAUCAUAAUGGCACCCAUCACUUACUACCACUUGCAAAUGUUUUGGAAGAAGAAACAUCUGUUAGAUGUCACUGAGAUAUUUAGACAGAUAGAAGGGCAAAAGAAAUACAGGAUGGUCAAGCUUGCUUUCUACUUCACCAUGUUCAUCUUGGUGAUUUUCAGGCUUGUGGUCUGUGCUAUUAACUUAAUUAUUGAUGAAGAUGACAGCCCUCUGAUUUCUGAGGUUUACUAGUACUUUAAUACGGAAUUCGAGAAAACUGUGUUGCUCUUUUCAGUCUUCACCAGAUCAUUCAUAUUCCAGAAAGGGGAGUUGGUUUCUCCAUCAUCCACCUAACUGCAGCUGUAGUUUUUAAAAGUUCCGUAACUUUGUAUAGAUUAUUAUACUGCUUCAGCAGACUCCGAACUUUGGACUGCUUUGACAUGUGUACUUGAAUGUUUAAUUUAAGUUCAUUUUCCUUUCCUAUUCUUUGCGAGAUUGUUGUUGCCUUGUUAUUGUC